AAACCCGGCCUCCAUCGAAACCUCAAAUCUAUUUUCAUUACGUGGUGUAACGCAUUGGAGACAAAUAAGUACUUGCAAUGAAACUAUUCUAAUGAAACCGUAGAGGAGCAAAACCCUCUAUAUUUCUCAUACUGUGAGAGCCUCUCUCUCUCUCACUCGCACAGUGCCACUCUGAGCUCUCUCUCUGUUUGUGUGACUCUGAGGAGACGACGGACCCAAUUCAACGAAAAGCGGCCAAACGGUGUUUUAGGGUUCUUGAUUUUGAUAUUUAUGUUGUUUUCUAUCCAAAGAUGGGUGGCUCAGAAAAACAUAAAAAAGGCAAGCGAAAACCCCAAUCCAAGAGACCCAACAGCAGCAGUGACAACAACACCAACAACACACCUAGAACAACGGCGUCCAAACCUGAAUUGGUUCAAACUCUAUCUGAUAAAAGUACUGAAUUGGUUCGAGCACAAUAUUAUCCUGCUCCUAGUGAAUGGGACCCAAAUCCUGAACUGCGUCAAGCACCAUAUGGUGGUCCAGGCAAGAAUAAUGACGUCUGUAAUGUAAAGCUGAACCCGUAUGUGAGUUUGGAUGUUGAUAUGAAAGACUGGAAAUUCUAUACUGAGGAGCAGUUAGAAGAGUUGCUUUUAAGGAAACUUGAAGCGAUUUACAAUGAAGCUUAUGUGAGGUUAAUGUCGUAUGGUCAUCCACCUGAUGUUGUGCUGAAAGCGAUUUUGACGAAUGGACAUGGGUUUGGUAACUUGGAUAUUUUGACAAACAUUGUGCAAAAUUCGCUUGGUUAUAUCAAAACUGGCUUCGUAAUUGAUGAUAGACCUUAUAGAGGACAACAAGUUUUUGGGGAUAUGAAGAUGUUGGUUAAAAACUCGCUUACAGUGAUGAUUUACUUGCUUCGCCAAGUUCGGCCCUACUUGAUCAAAGGAGAUGCCUUGUGGUGUCUCCUCAUGUGCAAUUUUCAUUUGGGUGUAGCAAGUACCAUUAAACUGCCGUUUGUGACAAAUGAGGGUGAGAACCAGGGGUUUGAGAUUAACAGGUCACUUCAUGCACCUUCUGGGGUUUGUAAAGUUCAAGGGGAUCAGCUUCCUAGUGAUGACAAGGCUCAUGAUUUCAGUGAAAAUGGUCCUUCUGAGAAACUUGAUGUUUGGAUGAAAAGAAAUCCAAGUAUUGGUAAGAGCUAUAAGCUUACACCAUCCUUGGAAGCUAAGCUGAAAAUGAACAUUGGAAAUUUUGCAGCUGCUUGCCGUGCUACCGUUAAGAUGUCUCCAAAACAACUGCAGGCUUCUAAAAGCUCUUUGCCAAGCAAAAAGUCUACUGAAUCAUUUGAAUGGGAGGACUCUUGUAUGGUUAACUUAGUUUUGAGCAGCUUUGGUAAUUUAAGUCUAAAUGAGAAGUCAGAGAGUGAGCCCCUAGAUCCUAAGGUUGAAAUCAUCUCAAGGUUAGUCCACAAUAUUAAAGAGAUCAAGCAACAGGUAAAGGAGCGCAAGGAAUGGGCUCAAAAGAAAGUGGUUCAAGCUGCUAAAAGGCUCAGCCUUGAUCUUUCAGAGCUCAAGAUUUUGAGAAUGGAAAGGGAAGGAAAGCAGCAGCUAAAGAAUUACAAACUAGAACUUGAGGAAGAGACAAUGAAGAAGCUUAUGCAACUGGAGGAUGAUCUUAGGAAGACAGGUUGUCAAGCUGACCUUGCAAACGCGGCAGUCAAGAGACUCAAGGUUGAAAAUGCAGAAAUUAGGGCAGAGGUGGAAGCUUUUAAGUUGAGUGCAUCAGAGUCGGAUAAAAUUUGUGUGGAAGUUGUGAGGAGGGAAAAGAAGUGCCUGAAGAAGAUUUUGGCCCUGGAGAAACAGAACAACAAAUAUCGGGAUGAGAUUGAAGAAGAAAAAAAGCUGUCCAUGCAUUUGCAUCAGCAGUCAGUUGACCUCAAGAAGGCUCAAGAGGAAAUUGAGGUCAUGUGGAGGCAGGGAGUAAAGGCUAAAGAGCUUGCCAUAGCCCAGGUGCAGGAAGAACUGAGAUUAAAGGAAGAAGUGGAAGCCAAUAUGAAAAGAAAGCAGCACGCAUUGCACCAAAAGAUGGAGCUAGAUUCUCAGCGUUGUAAAGAUGACGUGCAGCGACUUGAGAUGGAAAUAUCCCAUCUUGAAUUGUCGUUGGAUUCCAGCAAUCCGCAUUAUCAACAAGAUGUUUUCUUCACAGGGGAAUUAGGGCUCGCAAGACCAGAGAGAGACGAUGCACUUGAGAUUAUGCUUCCUGAUUCACUAGAUUUAUCUGAGGAAGAAGUAAUCCAUGAUCGAGUUUGCUUGAUCUGUAUGGAAAAUGAUGCUUCUAUUGUUUUCCUGCCAUGUGCCCACCAAGUUCUAUGUGCCAAUUGCACCGAGAAUCACUGCAACAAUGUGCAAGCUAAAUGUCCAUGUUGCCAGGACCCAAUUGCACAGAGAAUCCGUGUUUAUGGCUUAAGCUCAUAGAUUCAGAUUGACAUAUUUCAUUGACUGAAAGUUAGAAGGCAAGAGUAAUCCAAUGACAGUUCGUGGUUAAUGUUACAGAAGAAGAAUACAUAUUCCUAUAGUAUGACAUGCAAACAUUAAAUAUUAUGUAAAAAUGUGAAUAGCCCUUUGGUUUUGCUUCUUCUAGCCUAGUUAUGCUGCUCUGUAUCUCAGUUUACUUUCAGAUAUAUAUCCAGUUUUUGUACAUGGGGAAGCUCUUUUUAAUCAAAGUAAAAUGACUAUUAAUUACACUA